GGCGAUGGUGACCCAAAGUCCGGCUCCGAAAACAAUCUGCAGGAUCCGGAUGAUUCCCAGGAAAGUCUUGAGGAACUUCACGAUGUUCUUCCUCACCUGCGGCGUCUGUGGAGGUUGGGGUGACAUCUCUCUCCGCCUCCGACGCCUCUCGUGCCAGCCGGCCUCAUUGACGUCAAUGGAUUUCAGCGCGCACACCCUACGUGGCCAAGGGGGCGUGUCCACCUCCCGUGUCCCUCUCUUUAACAAGCGAUUGGUCGAUAUAAAGCUCUAUCCCAGCCCUGGAAGGAGCAGAAAGACGACCUCUCUGUUCUCAUUGGUCCAUUCACGACACUGAUUUUUUUGAUUGACAGGCGUCUCAAGGACAGAAAUGAGCUGCAGGUAAGGCUGGAUAAACAAGACUUUUUCCCCCUGCGUACAUUCAGCCAUUGUGAGAAGCUCUCAUUUGGAAAAGGAGCGACGCGGAGACAGAUGCAGUAGGAGCAACAGAGUCCUGAACAUCUCCGUAAAUCUUCUGUGUAUGCCACCUCUUCCAGUGUUUCUCCGGAUGGAUACCGGACCCGCCUCGACUCCUCCUGCCUCCCUGGUGGCGGGCCCCUCCUCGCUGUGGCGGCUUGCUGACAGGAGGAGCAGGAAGGCCGGCUCGGGGAACAUUUUCAGCAACGUGAAUCUGUGGCAGCUCCAGAGACUGUUCAGGGCGGCGGGCGACCAGGACGCCGAGCAGAGGGCCCAGGUGGUGUGGGGCCACGGGGACGAGGCAGAACUGGCCCAGGCCCUGAUAGGACUGAGGGCCCGGAGUCACAGGAGAGGACUGAGGAGUAACGGGAGAGAAGUACUGGGGUCCCACUGGCUACGAGCCUUCCAUCACCUCAAGAUCGGGGAGAGCUCGCCAAGCAGCCAGGGGAAGGAUACCGCAGAGGAGAACGAUUCUGAGGCGGGCAGCAGUCCAGAGCCUCACCGACGUACCUCUUUAGGGACUACAGGGCGCGAUACUGAGACUCAGGGCCCUGCAGGGACGUCUGAGAGACCAGGUAGAGCCGGAUCAGGACUGAGGAGAGGUGGAGAGAACAACCCAGAGAGAUACCUCCACAGAAUACUCCACUGACAUCUCUUUGUAGAAGGAAACUAGCAAAGUCUGAGUGUGCACAAUCUGUGAGACUCUCCUGAAAGAUGCCCUGAUGUGUUCAGAAACUUAACCUAGGCUGAAUUCUCAGUUCAAGCAACACCUUUACAGUUAUAAGCGAAGCUGUAUUUUGGGGUGAAAGAACACAACAGACUAGGCCUGAGAGCUCUAAUCAGAUGCUGGGAGACACCUCUCCAUCUACUUGACAGCAAACCUCUGAGUGGCUCCUGGUAAAUCACAGCUUUACAAUACCUUGAAUCAGCAUCAACCUGUGUUACCAACUCAAAUUUAAAUAGACGUAUUGGUUGUUUUGAUUUAAAAAAACAAGAUCAGUCAAAUGGGGCUUUCACACGUGCAGAAAAGUCCUGAAAAACUUCUGAAAAAUAUUUCCAUGAGGAGCUGUAGCCUAUGUGUGAACGCAAACAGCCACAUUCUUAACUCUGACUUAACGCAGAGUUUUUCCUGCCAGCCCCCCUUGUAUUUACUGCAGCAAGUCCGAGCUAUUGUUGUUUUUUAAAAGUCACAUCUUACCUCAGGACCCCCCCCCCCCCCCCAAAAUAAAUAUUUUUUAUUAGAAAUGAUUUUACCCCCACCACCUAUCUUGCUUGCUCAUACAAAGGCUCACCCUGCAGACAUUUUACUAAAGGGGCUUUUAAGUAAGAAACUUUGGGUGAAGUUGUGGUGAAUUAUUCAGUACUUUUUCAGGAGUUUUGUGCAUUUGUGAAAACAGCUAUAGAUGUUUUUUGUUGGUUCAUUCCAUGAAACACCAAUACAUUCUGUUUAAAUAUCAGUUGGAAUCACAUGAUAACACAUGGAAGCCUUACAGGGGGAUAAAUAAUUAUGCAAGGCACUCAACAUUGUGGUUGCCUCUCAAUAACUGCCUUAUGUGUUGACCUUAAACACAUCCUACCACUCACAAUCACACUCGUCUUGUAUACUGUUAAUACUGGACAGUGAUGCAGGAUUCAGCUGUUAUAGCCACGGGAAGCCAUUAAUGAUGUGGGUGAGGUGACGCCGUGUAUGUUUAUUAGCCUUAAGUAGUUCAAAUAAAGUGUUGUAGGGCUUAAUCCAGGAUGUAUGUAGUAAAAAUGCAAUAGUAAAAUGUACUGUCGGAGGCUUUGACUCAAAUGUAAUGAUUCACAUGUUUCAGCGGGUCACUGGUUUGUUGUUAUUGAAAGCGAAGAGUCACAUGGUCGAAUCUGCUUCGAGAAAACUGCAGGAAAGUAAACACUUAAAUGUUCUCAUUCGACUAUGUGAGGCAACAGUGUGAAAGUCCACUGCCUAUGAGUAAUUGUUACCCAUGUUAUCAGAAUGCUGGAAACUUUAUGAGCUUUUUUUUUUCACCACACUGUUUGAUGUGUAAUUUUUAGAUCUCUUGUAAUAAAGAGUCUCUUUGUA